AUGAACAAGGAAUUGGCAUCCACAUUCUUAUCGAGUAUCAACCAUGAACGCGAACAAGACAUUCAAAUAACUUCUCGACUGUUGACAACGCUGUCUAUUCAACAAUUGGUGCAAAACGGCCUGGCAAUAAAUAAUAUACAUCUAGAAAACAUAAGGUCUGGCCUUAUUGGUAAACUGUACAUGGAACUAGGGCCCAACUUAGAAAUCAAUGACAAAAUCAGAAGAGGCGACAUCAAGAUAGGCGACAUUGUUCUGAUACGACCCGCCAAGACCAAGACCAAGACAAAGGCCAAGGCCAAAAAGGCAACUGAAGACUCCAGUGAGGACCAAGCGGAAUGUUCAGGUGUCAUUUACAAAAUGAAUGACACCCAAAUCACCAUAGCUUUGGAAGAGUCUCAAGAAGUCGUUGCCACCACGUUCUACUCCUAUAGCAAACUUUACAUUUUGAAGACCACUAAUACAAUCACGUAUAAGAGAAUGGAAUCUACUAUGCGAAAGCUAUCUGAGUUCAGUUCACCAGUACAAGACAAAAUUGUGCAGUAUUUAGUGAAUGAGCGUCCUUUUAUUCCUAGCUCUAGCCAAGUCCAAAAUGUAAAGGAUUUCAUAAACCCGAAUUUGAAUGAUUCUCAGAAAACUGCCAUCAAUUUUGCCAUCGACAAUGACUUGACCAUCAUACACGGUCCUCCCGGCACGGGUAAAACGUUUACCUUGGUUGAAUUGAUUCAACAACUGUUAAUCAAAUAUCCCGAAAAGAGAAUCCUGAUCUGUGGACCUUCCAAUAUUUCCGUGGAUACUAUUCUGGAAAGAUUAACACCUCUUGUUUCUAAUAACUUACUACUAAGAAUUGGUCAUCCUGCAAGGUUAUUAGAUUCCAAUAAAAGACAUUCUCUCGAUAUACUCAGUAAGCAGAACUCUAUUGUAAAGGAUAUUUCUCAAGAGAUUGAUAACUUGAUUCAAGAAAAUAAAAAACUGAAGAACUAUAAACAGCGUAAGGACAAUUGGAAUGAAAUCAAAUUACUACGCAAAGAUUUGAAAAAAAGAGAAUUCAAGACUAUCAAAGAUUUGAUUAUCCAAUCUAGGAUAGUGGUUACCACUUUACAUGGCUCAUCAUCGAGGGAGCUGUGCUCCCUUUAUAGAGAUGACCCAAACUUCAAACUUUUCGAUACAUUAAUCAUCGACGAAGUGUCACAAGCCAUGGAGCCACAGUGCUGGAUUCCACUAAUUGCCCACCAAAACCAAUUUCACAAGUUAAUUCUUGCUGGUGAUAAUAAACAAUUACCGCCCACAAUCAAAACUGAAGACGACCGAAAAGUUAUUCACAAUUUAGAAACCACACUGUUUGAUAGAUUAAUCAAGCUUUUUCCUAAGAGGGAAAUGGUCAAAUUUCUAAACGUUCAGUACAGAAUGAAUAAAAAUAUCAUGGAAUUCCCAUCACGGUCAAUGUAUCACGGCCAGUUAUUAGCCGAUGAAACCGUGGCAAACCGACUUUUAAUAGAUUUACCCAUCGUUGACGCUACUCCAUCCGAUGAUGAUAAUGACGUUGACACGAAAUUUCCCCUCAUUUGGUAUGACACUCAAGGUGAUGAGUUCCCCGAAACUGCAGACGACGCGACCAUUCUCGGGUCCAAGUAUAAUGAAGGUGAAAUUUCUAUUGUGAAGGAGCAUAUUGAAAAUUUGAGAUCUUUAAACGUCCCACAAGAUUCCAUCGGUGUUAUUUCACCAUACAAUGCACAGGUUUCACAUUUAAAAAAACAGAUUCAUGAUGAACUGAAAUUAACCGAUAUUGAAAUAUCUACAGUGGACGGAUUCCAAGGCCGUGAAAAGGACGUUAUUAUCCUAAGUUUAGUCCGUAGCAACGAAAAAUUUGAGGUUGGUUUCUUGAAGGAAGAAAGAAGACUAAACGUCGCCAUGACAAGACCCAGGAGACAAUUGGUUGUCGUGGGCAACAUGGAAGCGCUACAAAGAUGUGGUAACAAAUAUUUAAAGAACUGGUCGGAAUGGUGUGAAGAAAACGCUGACGUAAGAUACCCUAACAUUGAUGAUUAUUUAUAA